AGCAUCGUGGACGUGUGUGAGAACGACCGCUGUCAUGCUGCCGGCAUGAUUGCGCAUGCGCGCGGGUACACUUGACGGGCUCAAAAAAUCAAUGACCCCGGUCUAUCGCACGUUCGUUCGCGUCUUUUUCUCUACGAUAUAAGAAGUUCGAGGGUGAGAAGAAGGAUCGCAAGGAGGUGAUAUCGAGGCUCGAGGAAGCGAUCGUCGUGGACGAGAGGGAAAUAUGGAGAUACGAAGGAGUAAGAAAGGAUCGAAGAAAAUGGACGGUGAGGGUGCAGCCCCGAUGGUGGCGCUAGUGUGAAACGGCCGAAUAGCGGUACGGUGAAACCAGCCGAGCAAGCUCGGCUACGUUUCGGCUCACCACUUUAGUUCGUGUCCUACCGCUGUACACGACGGACGUGUUGAACUCGAUCGCGCGUCGCGUUCUCUAUCCGGAGAAAAAAACUAACUGUUUGUCCGCCACUGCAACUAGUGUGAAACACGUAAUUCGGUGGUUCGCGUGUAAACAGGUAACUGUGCGCGGUAGAUUAGAAGGCACAGAGGAACGCGUGUACCGCGAAAACGACGCACGAGGUCGCGUAGUGUUCCGGCCGCGACCGGCAAUAAAGUUUCGCAGUGACUUGUGUUAAAGAGAAAAAAAGAAAUAGAAGAAGUGGUGAAGAAAGUCAGUGUGCGCGUCGUGUACGAUUGCCACCAGCCACGGUUCACGGCCGGAGGUCCGAUAAUCGGAUCGAUUCGAUUCCAUCUAGAACGCUGUUCGCUGGAUUGUCAGAGGAGAGCGUACCAUCCUAGCCGUCGCCGCGGUGCACCGUCCGUCCACCUUUCGCGUUGCCGCGAGUGCACGGGAUAAAAUGGCGCUUGCUUUCGACCGUGUACCUUUAUCGACCGUAACAAACAAUUUAACGACGGAAUCGCGUCGACGUCAAUCGCGACGUUUUUGAGCAUCGAACACAUUACCGCGGCAGAUCGUUUAUCUCCGUUCCCCGUUCUCCGUUCGCCCCACCCCCGGCGCUUCGCUUCGUUUCGCUCGCUUUUAACGUCUUUUCGUCCACGAAUCGAACCGCUGACCGCUGCACUGUCCAUCAGCCACGAGUUCACUCCCGAGCAACAUACAUUCGAAGAAGACGCUACUUCGGAUCUGGACAGAGGGACAGUACGGAGUCUGAACGCGAGCACGCGUCCUUUCGGAGCAAGGAGCAGGCAGCCCGUGGCGGAGUGGAGCGCGCGAGUCGCGUCUGCGAGAGAUUCAGGCAGGCGUCGACGGAGGCGCGAGAGGAAGCGGCAAAGGUGAAAAGGAGAGAAGAGAAAAAGAGGAUCGCGAGGAGGGAAGAGUAGUAGGAGGAAAUGCGACGAAUCUCGGCUCGUCAUUAAGAGAGUGGCAACCCUUUGUGGGCGAAAACGACGAGGGAAAAUCGAACGGGUUUUCUGGCUGUUGUACAGCAGCCGAGUUGUACGGCUUCCGGUUGCAACAUCGACGUAGGACAACGACACAGACAUCGAGACGGAUAGAUGCGGCCAAGCGUCGCGUUUUUCGUACGGCAAGUGUGGAGGAAGCCAGAGGCUGAUCGCGACCAGAUCAACGACGAGCUUUUAAUCGGCCUAUAAUCGAUUUUCAUGGCAUAAGAGGUAUCGGUAGGCGCGAUCGAGCACGGAACAAGGGGAGAGUAUAUAUAACGGGUGAAUAGAAGUUGGUGUGCUGGUGGUGGUGGAGUUUAUCGAGGCGAGGGGAGGCGAGAAGAAGGGUAGAAAACGCGGUUGGGCUGCAGGGUGCAUCUGGAAGGGUUGCACGACCUGGAGCGGCAGCAGGAGGAAGAGGAAGUGGCUGGAGAAGCGGGAGGUGGAGGGGCAACAGGAGGAGGAGGAGGAGGAGGAGAGGGUGGUGGCUACGAGGGUGGUUGUUGCACGUCGUGGUCGCGUGACGUGCGGAAAGAGCAGACGAACCGUGGAGGAGGCAUGCGGAGGAGAGAGUGACGACGCUGCCGGUGCGCUGCAGCCUCGCACAGAUCGUGAGAGGACCGGCGGCCCCACGGUGGGGCUGCGAUAAGAAUGGCCCCCUUCAAUAUGGCGGGCGUAGCAGGCCUUCUAGCCACCUGCGCCGCCGCUGCUGCUUCCGCUGCCCACCUUCUGCCGUUGCUGCUGUUGCUGAUCUACCCGCGAGGGACUCACGCGGAACAAGUUGUUCUCUUGGACACGACACAGGAGGAGAAACUCGAGUGGACCAGGUAUCCCUUCGGUCCGGAAGCUAACACCCCGGGGUGGGUGGAAGAGUCGUUCACGAACUUCGACAAGGGCAUCAAUUGGCGGAGUUACGUCGUCUGCGACGUGGCUUACAACAACGUGAACAAUUGGUUGUGGACGCCGUUCAUCGAGAGGGGACCGGCGAACCGCAUGUACAUAGAAAUCAAAUUCACCACCCGCGACUGCUCGUUGUUCCCCGGAAACGCGCUCAGUUGCAAGGAAACUUUCAGUCUCCUUUACUACGAGUUCGACGCGGCCACCAAGGAACCACCGCCAUGGGAAACGGACAGUUACAAGUUGAUCGGUCGCAUCGCCGCUGGUGAGGGAAGAUUCAACACGAACGCCGAGGUGGUGAUCAACACGGAGGUCAAGUCGAUCCCGGUGACGAAGAAGGGCGUGUAUUUCGCGUUCCGCGAUCAAGGUGCAUGCAUAUCCAUCUUGGCCAUUAAAGUGUACUACAUCAGUUGCCCGGAGAUUUCCGUCAACUUUGCCCACUUCCCGGCCACCCCGACGGGUCGCGAAGUCGCGCUGAUCGAACAAACAAUCGGCACCUGCGUCGACAACGCAGAGGUGAUCGAGCAACCCACUUACCUUUGCAAAGGCGACGGGAAAUGGUACCUAUCGAACGGCGGAUGCCACUGCAAACCUGGAUAUCAAGCCGACGUGGAGAAACAAAAAUGCACCGCCUGUCCGAUCAUGAAAUUCAAACACGAGGCGGGAUCGCACAGCUGCGAACCCUGCCCGGCUUACAGCAAAUCGUCCGAUUACGGAUUCACGGAAUGCCGUUGCGACGUUGGUUAUUACAGAGCCGACAAGGACCCGAAAAAGAUGCCCUGCACGCAACCACCAUCGGCACCGCAAAAUCUCACGGUGAAUUUCGUCGAUCAAUCUACCGUGAUUUUGUCUUGGAACGCGCCUCAUAUGCUUGGUGGUAGAACGGACACCACUUACAGGGUGGUUUGCGACGCUUGUAGCACGGGUGUAAAAUACAUUCCGAACACCGAGGUCUUCAACGAUACGAAGAUCACGAUAACGGGCCUAAACGCGGUGACCACCUAUCGUUUCCAAGUGUUCGCCGAGAACGGAGUGUCGGCAUUGGCCGGGAAAUCCGAGUACGUGGACAUCACGGUCACCACCGAAGCAAGCGUGCCUAGUUUGGUCAGCAACGUCAGGAUCACGAGCGUGAAGAGCUCGGAAUUGAGCAUCAGCUGGGACGCUCCUGUAACCGAAGUUGGCGGGGACAGCGAUCUCGUCGAAAGAUACGAAGUGAGAUGUUAUCCGCGCUACGACGACGCUACCAACGCCACGGUCAUCCAAACGUCGGAUUUAUCCGCCACUUUUAAAGGGCUGAAACCGUCGACGGAUUAUGCGAUACAAGUGCGAGCGAAAACGACGCGCGGCUGGGGCGAAUACACGCCGGUGGUGUAUAAAAAGACACCGCACGCUAUGGGUCUAGAUUACGUCGGAGAGGAUGACAAUAUGCAAGUAAGAAUCAUCGCUGGAGCUAUCGUAGCCGUGGUUGUUCUUCUGGUGAUCAUCAUCAUCAUGACCGUGUUGAUACUUAGAAGCAGGGCCUCGGACGAAUGCAACAAGAAACAGCCGAGUGACUGCGACACAUUGGAGUAUAGAAACGGUGAAGGACUAGUUGUGACCUACAUGCACUGCAAAAUGGACAGUUCACCGAUUGUGACAACCCACACCAACAACAAGAGCAAGUCCUCGCUGACCACGCCGCUGUUCACGCCUGCAGUGGGUGUCGCGGCGGCGAGUGCUGGAGGUGCUGGCGGCGGAGGCGCAAGGAGCUACGUCGAUCCUCACACCUACGAGGAUCCGAAUCAAGCUGUGCGUGAGUUUGCUCGAGAGAUCGACGCGGGAUACAUCACGAUAGAAGCCAUCAUAGGUGGCGGAGAGUUUGGCGACGUUUGUCGUGGAAAAUUGAAAUUACCGCCCGACGGUCGAACGGAGAUCGACGUGGCGAUCAAGACGCUGAAACCAGGUUCCGCGGAUAAGGCACGCAACGAUUUUCUAACCGAGGCCUCGAUCAUGGGCCAGUUCGAGCACCCGAACGUGAUAUUCCUGCAAGGUGUCGUGACCAAGAGCAAUCCGGUGAUGAUAAUCACGGAAUUCAUGGAGAACGGUAGCCUGGACACGUUCCUGCGUGCGAACGACGGCAAGUUCCAGGUGCUUCAGCUUGUAGGCAUGCUUCGCGGUAUCGCGAGCGGUAUGCAAUAUCUAGCUGAAAUGAACUACGUGCACCGGGAUCUAGCGGCGAGGAACGUGUUGGUGAACGCCACCCUGGUCUGCAAGAUCGCCGACUUUGGCCUCAGCAGAGAGAUCGAAAGCGCUACCGAGGGAGCGUACACGACCAGGAGUGUUUACUCCGGCAAAAAGGGUGGAAAGAUCCCGGUACGAUGGACAGCUCCGGAAGCGAUAGCGUUCCGAAAGUUCACCAGCGCCUCGGACGUUUGGAGCAUGGGCAUCGUCUGCUGGGAGGUGAUGUCUUACGGCGAAAGGCCGUACUGGAACUGGUCUAAUCAGGAUGUGAUAAAGUCGAUCGAGAAGGGAUACAGGCUUCCGGCGCCGAUGGACUGUCCGGAGGCGAUCUAUCAACUGAUGCUCGAUUGCUGGCAAAAGGAACGAACUCAUCGACCAACCUUCGCUAAUCUAACUCAGACGUUGGACAAGCUUAUACGAAGCCCGGACACGCUGAGGAAAAUCGCGCAGAACAGAAUCAGAGAAAGGGGUGCUCCGCCCCCACCCCCACCCGCCUCGUCGACAUCCUCCAACGUGCAUUUAAGGAAAAGGGGCACCAAUCCACUGGCGCCGGACGCGGUGGACUUGACUCAGCUGACCUCGGUCAGCGAAUGGCUCAACUCCAUCAAGAUGUCGCGGUACGCGGAAAACUUUGAAAGGUCCGGUGUGACCACCUUGGAGGCAGCCGCGCGGGUGACCGUUCAAGAGCUGACGGCACUCGGGGUGACGCUUGUUGGACACCAGAAGAAGAUCAUGAACAGCGUGACCGCGCUACGAGCGCAAAUGUCCGCCACGUCGCAGGGAUUUCUCGUUUAAUUCGCGCGCUCUCUGCGAAUCAUUAACGACAUACUUGUUUCACGCGAAAAAGCUAGCUUUGAUCUAUCGCGAUCGACGCCGGGAUUCGAUACGUCCGAUCGCGUUCGUUCGAGGGACGCUAGGAUCCUAGCGGCAUCCUAGUCAGGACGACCAGCCGUUUUUCGCACGAAAUAUACGCGUCUUCAGCUCGAGUACCGCGUCGCCCAUCGGCGAUCUCAGCCUCGAGGAAUCGGGAAAGCUAUACACGCGUAUCGUAAAACAUUCCAGCGCGACAAUCGUGCUCUCCUCGAAUUCUGCCUUUCCCAUCCCCCAUCGAUUCCGACACGACGAACCUGCCGCGCCUGACGACGAUCCACCCGAACGCGGCCUAGCGAAAAAUAACGCGGUAUCUUCUUCGCGAAAUGUCCGGAACGUCGCAGCGUCGAGAGAAAUGGAACUGCCAUUGUAUAAUCACUGCCGUUAAAUUAACACGUACGAAAGUAUGGAUAAUUCAAAGUCCAACGCGAAUCCUGCUCACCGUCGAGGCUGUUCAUGCACUGAAUCGUUGCUCACACGUACAUAUACACACCAUCUUGUGUUUUCACUCGAAACUGACACCGAGGAUCGGUCUAAUAUCGCAGCGUUCCUAACUUGUUCUCCGCGAUAUGCUCACUAAUUCAAACACGCGUACACAGUUUCAUACGUGUUCACGGUACAGAUCAUUGCGCGAACAAAUAGACGGCCUAAAGUAUUCUCAAAGCCUAACGCGUCUCGCUUCUCUACUCUGUUCAAAGAACGUUGCAAACCCCUGUGAGAAAUACUUUGUAAGCGACCCGAACGAAAGAAGGAGCAACAGAGAAGCGGAUGAAAACGAAAAGUCUCCGAUAACGAGCCUAAUGCCGUAUUUUACGUCCCGUACAGCGAAUAUUUUGUAGCUCUUGUUGAUAACGCUUAGUCGAUGUACAACUACGAUUGAUAUACGCGAUUGUGAUACAGAUACACAGCCACAGAGGAACCCACACCGUUACAAUUUGAUCCGGCUUUUGCGAGGAAACGAUAGCGCGAAAUCGAUCGAAAUCACCAACUUAGAGUAUACAUAUACCACGAUUAAACUGAUAAGAGAAAGAGAGAAAAUAAAGUAUAGGUACCUGUUGAUUAAACGAAGGUAAAAAAGGACGAAUAAAGAAGCAGGAAUAUGUGCCAAUAAUGCGAAGGGAAGGGUGAAAACGUGUGCGUGAACGAGGGGAAAUGUUUGCGUGAGAGGGAAAUUAGGAUGGUGCGAACGUCGAUCGCGAUGAUUGUAUCGUGGAUAAUUUGGGGGCGAGGAAAAUAGGGUUUCGAAGGAAAUCGUCGAACGCGUGCGUUUGCCCCUCGACGUAACGUAAAACAUAUCAAGGCGUAUUUAGGACAAAUGGGAAACGAACGAAGCGAGGAAGGGUGUUUGAACGCGCGACCAGCGUAUCGAUAGAAUUUCUCGACGAGCUAAACGAAACUCUGACGGCUGUUUCGAAACGAUCGAGUAUCUUUUCGAACAGUUUGCGACGUCCGCAAAGACAGCGUGUACCACGCGUGUAGCAACGACGACGUUUAGGUUCGUUUGAGGGAAGGAAGAAGACUCGUUUCGUUCUGAUGGAUGGUCUGUAUCUCGUUACACAUCCACGUUCGCUGAUCGCAAAGACUGCUUUCCCAGGCAGACUGAAAUCGGGGAGGGAAAGGGCCCGUUGACCGCGACAGGGCCGAACCUUUGAAAUCGAUGAUCGACGGACAACUCGAACGCUUCCAAGCACCUCGGGCGAGCCACGGGAAAUUUUUAUUCUUAAUUUAACGAAUUACGCUAUGAAUACAGUUGGUAUGGUCGACGUUCCGAUGGACGAGAGGAGAAGGUGCGAACGAAGGGAACGUUGAUCACCCUCGAUCGAUCGAUCGGUGCGACGAGCCUGCCAAUUAGGAGAUCCUCCCUCGGAGGUCGUUCCUUUUGCGUUCGAAAAAUGUGAAGGAAGGUCCUGGAGGUGGGGGCUUUCGUUCGAAGCGCAGCGUUUCGUGACCGGAGGGGAUGGAAGGUUGCGUCGCGAACGUAAAGUGCUCUGUUAGGGGAGAAAGAGACCGGAAGCUACUGAAAAUGGCGACGAUUUAAGAAGCAAUAAGUGAAUACAUGCAAAUGCAGAUUUUUAUAUAGAGAAUGUUAACAAAUUUCAGAAAAUAUUAAUUAUCGAUAGCGUAAAACUAUCUUCCUAAAUGUUCGUAUUAAAGGUUAAUGAGAAAUAAGGUAAAGCGUAAGGAGCGACGAACUCGCGUGGAGUCCCAACCGAACGCCAAGAUAUCGAGAGAGAUCGAGUGCGAGUCAGCGAGAAAGAGAAAGAAUGAGAGAGUAUGUUUGCGUGUAUGAGACGAGAAGAGAGAGAGAGAGCAGCAUUGUCGCACUAUAAUUCUAAUUUCCCGCGAUCGACCGGACAAACUUCGGCCGGGACUCCGCAAGAGAACAAAAGAUUAAGAAAAAAAGAAGAAGAAGAAGAAGAGUUUUUCAGGAACUUUCAGCUGUAACUGUUUGUGUCUAGCGACGAACCUGCGAGUGCGACCUGAAGUUUUGAGAAUGUCGAUAGUUUCAGCAAAAUAAUAUUUAGAUUUCAUAGAUCUCUAUCGAUAUUACACGAUCGUAGACACGAAACGAGCAGAUGAUAAUUAGUUAGAGCGUAAAGGAUAUCUUAUUAGAAACAUUUUUCGAUUCCAUUUUAGUCUUUCGAGUUCUGCCAGCUAAAGGCGACCCUCUUUAUCCCGAAUAAUCGCCUCUGUUUCCUUUUUCCUCUUUUCCCAAUCGAUGCCUAUCAUCCUCUAACUUCUAUUCAGCUUACACUUUCAAAGCUUUCGAUCGUACUUCAUGUCCACGUAUUUUCGUUCUCUCUCUUUCUCUUUUUCACACAUACGAAACACUGUCUCUUCCCUUCUGUUUCCAUGCUUUUUAUUUUAUUAAGAGACGGGGAUCCGAGAAACGAGAAUACCGAGAAAAAAGAAACAACGAUAGGAAAAUAUCUUAAACGAAUGAAAAUUCUUCUCGAUUCGCGCGAACAGGUUUCGGUUGACUGCUUCUCCUCCUGUCGUCUUCCUUUUUCCUUAACUAUGUAUUUUUAUAUCGUCAAUUACAUUUCUCUUCUCUUUCUAUCUCUCUCUCUCUCUUUCUCUUUUUCCUCCUCUUUAAUUUUUAUUUUUAAUAAUCAUUAUUCUUUCUAUCGAGGUACCUCCUCGAAUCACUCCUUCACUUUUAUACCUGUAUUCGAUUAACACUUCUGUAUUACUAUUUAUUAAAAGCAAACAAAGUCUUAUUUAUUGUUUAGAGAUCUGACUAAAUUAAAAAGAACGUUCUAAUUGUGGUAGAUUAUCUAUUCACCUUGUUAGAAUUGUGCAAAAGGGGACGAGAGAAAGGAAGGAAAAAAGAUAUGUGCAUUGUUUUCUUUAACCUUAGAGUUUCCAGAAAUACUGCCGCCGUGUAAAAAUAAAAGAGACUAAGGAAAGAAAAGAAAUGCCGUAACGCAACAUCAUAGAUACGAUCGUCGAGUCUCUAAGCAGCUAUGUUAUCGAUUAGUUAAGCGUUUUUUAUAAACGACCUACGUGCACACGUUCAAUUUCUCUGCCGUUUUUUUUAAUUUUUUUUUAAUUUUGUUUUUACACGAAUCAUUCUUCUUUUCUGUCAGUCUGUUUACAGCGAACUUUGUCAAAGUACCUGCUUCGAAAACGAAAAGCAAAGAAACAAAAUGAAUUUAAAAAAAGAAAGAAAAGCAUAUAUGAAAUUCGCGAGAUGACAAAGCACACAGGUACCGUCCCGUAUAUAUUAUAAAUAGCUCAUCUACUAUCACGUACACGCAUCAUAAUUUAUGUAUACUCGUCGAACUGAGUUUUUAUAGAAUUGGUUCAACGAAUCGCCACCGUGUGUCCUCGAUUCAUUGUAUAAAACAAAGCGACAAAGCGCAACAGAUGCAAUAAGAGAGUUGAUGUCAACAGAUUUUGGAAUGUGUCUAAAAACAUUUUUCCUAUGGUGUUGUCAAGACGAUGUUGAAUGUAAAUAAGAUAUAAUAAAUAAUAUACCUUAUACGAUGUAA